CCCGGCCCGGCGCGGCCUCGGGAGGGAAGGCGGAGCCGCCCCCGGGCCCGGGCCCGGCGGUCGCCGAGAUGCCGCUGCUGGUUAACGGGGCGCGGGUGGACCUGGCCCGGCCCACGGGGGACAUGAUCCGCGCACACCCGCACCUCGAGGAAAAGGCAAAGCUUCUGAGAAGUCAGCCUGCUCAGACUGUGGAACCCAAAGGCCUCCUCUAUGUCCAGCAGAGAGAGUUUGCAGUGACCACCCCCAAAGAUGGUUCUGUUUCUAUUCUUGGAUCAGAUGAUGCAACUACCUGCCACAUAGUUGUGCUCCGACACACAGGCAGCGGAGCCACCUGCCUGACACACUGCGACGGGGCGGACACGGAGGCCGAGGUGUCGCUCAUCAUGAGUUCAGUGAAGGCUCUCUCAAACCCCGCGGGCUGUGGCAGGCUGGAAGUGCACCUAGUUGGAGGUUUCAAUGAUGAUAGGCAGUUAUCACAAAAACUUACUAAUCAGCUUCUUAGAGCGUUCGAUCUCCAGCCGGAUGAUGUUCAUUUAGUGACCUUCUGUGUAACAGAACUAAAUGAUAGAGAAGAACAGGAUAUUCACUUUCCAAUCAUUUAUGGAAUAGCUGUGAAUGUAAAAACAGCAGAGAUUUUCCCUGCAACCUUCCCAGAAAAAGGGCCGGAUGAGGAUUUGCGUUCAGCCCAUGUUUUAACAGGAGCACCACUCACCAACAUCUACGAUGCCAAGACGGAACAGCUCCGUAUUGGGCCUUAUUUCUGGGGGCCUUUCCCACAUGUGGAUUUCUGGUUGGAACAAGACGAUGCACAGAUUUUACAGAAUCUUUCCACGUCGCCCCUGGCUGAGCCCCCCCACUUUGUUUCCCACAUCCGAUCGACAUUAACAUUUCUAAAAGCACAUCCCUUUCCAUCUCGCUCCCUGUUCCCUGACAGGAAGCCUCGCAUCUACAAAAAAAACCAAGAAGGGCUGUGGGAACAGGUUUGUUCUGACAAGAUCUAACCUGGAACCAACCACCAUCACUGCUUUAGGGAAAGUACAGUCUUGCAAGAAGAGCAAUUUGUUGUAAGAAGGAUAUUGCUGGUCACAAAUACCAUUGUUCCUGUGCUUUUCAAAAUAAAAUAUUUUGAUAGAA